GCCAAAGCAAUUGUCAAGAAAAAAAUUGUUAUCGAGGAUAUGGUCGGUUAUUUUAUAAGAGGCAACGCCAGAGCAUACGCCAGCAGACCUGUAUAAUUGUCAGAUCUGUAAAAAAUUGGAAUGUUUUUUUUUCAGCUGUUCGUCUCUCUCACUCUUCCUGCACGUAGCUUAUCACAACACAAUUUUCUUAUCAUUUUGGGUUUUACCUGGAUCGAAAAGCUUGCACUGAUCUUUCCGAUGUGCCUGCUUUUAAAGCGUGAUUCUUGUAACAGCUCUUUCCCUCCCCUUACACCUUCACUUCUCUCUUCCUUUUCUUAUUUAACUUUACUUCGUUACAUAUUUUCAAGGGAUGCUGUGUUUUCCAGGCCAAGCGAUUCGUUACUUAUAUAUGACUUUUGCGGCUCGCAAACAAUAAACCCGACAUAGAUUUAACGAAGUUACUGGUGGUUACAAUAGAUCAAUCUUCAGGGUCCCCCUUUUCCAAAUAAAAUUCAGUACAUCUUCUCGUUUAUCGGACAGCGGGCUGUGUCGAAU